AUGGUUGCUGUUCCCGAACCCGUGAAGAAAGUUUUCGAAGCAUUCCCGUUAGUCGAGCAAAUGCCAGUUUCAUCAGCUACCCCAGGUAAAUCAGCCCAACUAGAACAGCGCAAGUAUUAUUUCACUCAAACAUCUGAAACCAAAGACUUGAACAACGAUGAAAAAUUUACCCUUGGAAUUCAUAAUGUCAUUGAAUUCGAAGGCAGAUAUAUACCAACUGAUCCAGUGUCACUUUCCCAAGCGUUAAUACUUUGUUUCCGCAAUGGACUUAAACUUCCAACCAACACCAGCACCAGCCCUACCAAUGGUGCACAUUCUGAUCAUGCAAUGUUGACGUUAUCAUAUGUGGCCUCUCCCGACAAUGAACUACCUAUUCUUAUUGAAGAUACAGGGUCCAGAAUCAUUCGUACGGGGACUAUGGUCAAUCAAAUCUUGUCUAAUAAAUAUUUCGAUAAGGACAUUAAAGGACUCUACUUGAACCAGUUCCUUGACGAAAGACUAUAUGACAUGUGGGUUCUUUGUAUGUUAACGGAGCACGAGAACCUUCAGGUUCAAUCGUACUGGAACCAAACGUUCUCCGAUAUGAUUGGCAGUGAUAUGGAACUCUCUAAACUAUUUCAAGACAUGACUCAUUGGUCUGGAUUUAGAAUCAGACAUGCGCACUUGUUCAACCAAUUAAAGACCUCUACGGGGGACUUUUGGUCCAGAUCAAAUAGGAAACUCUUGAAGAAUUACUACCUUACGGAAGUUGAACGUAUACAAAAGAAGUUACCCAUACUAGUUCAAAGUGUUGUUGAACAUCCUAUACUAAAGUUGAAGCUUGCUAGUUAUAUUGUUAUCUUUGAUACAUUAUUGAGUGAAACACGUAUUGGUCAAGUGUUUCAUGAAUCUGAUGAUCUUGUUGAUGCUAGAAAGAUUAUUCUUUCGUAUUAA